AUGGUUAUCGUGGGAGACAGCCUCCAUAACUUUGCUGAUGGCCUAGUGGUGGGGGUUGCCUUCUCCUCAUUUGCCGAGACGGGCAUGGCGACCACCGUAGCCAUCCUCUGCCACGAAAUCCCUCAUGAAAUGGCAUCUUCUUCUUCUUUCUCUAUCUCRGGUGACUUUGCGGUGUUGCUCAGCUCAGGUCUCUCUGUGAGGAAUGCAGUGAUGAUGAACUUACUCAGUGCUCUGACGGCCUUCGUCGGCCUCUUCGUCUCCUCAGAACCAGAGAUCCAGCAGUGGAUCUUUACGGUUACCGCAGGGAUCUUCCUCUAUCUGUCACUGGUAGAGAUGCUUCCAGAGAUGAGUCGUGUGAAGACCAACAGACCGUGUCUCAUGUUCCUUCUGCAGAACCUUGGCCUCCUAAUGGGCUGGGCCUGCCUCCCUGUUUGAGCACAAACUCAAGUUUUGAUGACAGGACACACUCGCAGGCACAUCCUACUAUGGUAUCUGCCAUACAAUAUAUGUAAUUGAUGGCAAUGUUGACGGUACUUUCUGGUCUUGCUUUUUAUCAUUUAGACAUCUUGUGGGUUACUAUAUUAUUUACUGCUACUUGUCAUAAUUGUGUAAGUAUUACACUAGAGGAAGGCAUCGAACUGCCUAUUUGAAAUGCCACAAGGCAUUUUAUGCAAGUGAUAGUGCUAAUAAAGUAAGGUGAAUAAUAGCAGUGACAAUCAAAUGUCAUUUUUGAUCCAGUAGUUACGCAUGUGUGUUAGAGCUGGAUGAAUCCACUUUUGUUGAAAUCAGAUGCCUGCAUGUGAGUUUUAGGACAUGCACACAUKUUCUAUGUGAUGAUUUAUUUUGUAUGAUGUACUGUGUAACAUAGGGCACAUAGCUAGCUUACAGUAUGUCUGGCACACCUACAGUCAGGUCCAUAAUUGUCAUCCUUAAUAGAAAUAAGCAAAAAAUACUGYAUAAAAUAAAUUA